AUGCAACCAUUUAGUUCACGCCACUUUUGUUGGAUUCGUUUUACGAUAAAACCAAUAUCAGUCGUUUCUUGUAUAACCCUAAAACCACAGCAUAUCUAUCUAUCUAUCUAUCUAUCUAUAUAUCUAUCUAUCUAUCUAUCUAUCUAUCCUGUUGAAUAUUAUGAAUAUUUGCCUCAUUCAGGUAUCGACACGCAGAAUUGUUUCGCCAAAAAACAUUUGUCAAUGAAAAAUAAUGAUAGUUCAAUAUCUAAAAAACUACUAUUCAUUCUUUCUUUCUCUCUUUAUUCUGUCCUUAUUCUCGUCUCUUUCUUUUUUUCUUUUUUCUUUCGUUCUUUAUUCUUUUUUCUUUCUUUAUUUUUGUCUCAUUCAAUUUUAUUCUGUCUUUCUUUCUUUAUUCAUCUUCUUUCUUUCUUUCUUUCUUCUGUCCUCUAUUUUUGUCUCUUUUCCUUUUAUUCUCUUUCAUCCUUUAUUCCUUUUUCUUUCUUUCCUUCUAUUUCUCUUGUUAUUUUCUCUUUCGUUCUACAUUCUCUUUUCUUUAUUUCUUUCUUUUUUUGUCUCUGUCGUCUUUCAUUCUAUAUUCUCUUUUUUCGUUCUUUCUUUCUUUUUGUCUCUUUCUUUUGUAUUCUCUUUUUCAUUCUUUAUUCUUUUGUCUUUCUUUCUUUCAUUAUUUUAUUUUUGUCUCAUUCUUCUUUUUCUCUCUUUUAUACUUUAUUCUCUUUUUCUUUCUUUCUCUUUCUCUUUUUAUUCUCUCUUUCUUUAUUUAAUCUUUCUUUCUUUCUUUCUUCUGUCCUUCUCCAUUUUUGUCUCUUUCUCAUUUUAUUCUCUUUCAUCCUUUAUUCCAUCGUUCUGUCUUUCUUUCUUUCUUUCUUUCUUUCUUUCUUUCUUUCUUUCUUUCUUUCUUUCUAUUUCUUCCUUUCUUUUUUUCUAUCAUUCUUCCAGUCUGAAUUCUUUUCUUUUCCUCUGUUACCUCCUCGUUUUUCUUUAUUCUUUCAUUUGCUUUUUCCAUCAAACUUUUUUCGUUUUCCUUCAGUUUUCCAACUUCGUUCGUUCGUUUCAUUUGUUUUUUCAUCGUUUAUUUCUCAAUUAUUCUUUCAUUAUUCUUCUGAUAACUAUCUAUCUUUGUUUCUAUGGCAUUUACUUUUCGCCUCUCUUCUUCCUAAGGAGAUUUCUUCUUUUCUUUUUGUCUCUUUCUUUUGCUUUCUCUUUUUCAUUUUUUAUUCUUUCUUUCUUUCUUUCUUUUUUUCAUUAUAUCUUUUUGUCUCUUUCUUCUUUUUGUCUCUUUCAUUCUUUAUUCUCUUUUUUGUUUCUCUUUCUCUUUUUAUUCUUUCUUUCUUUAUUUUUUCUUUCUUUCUUUCUUCUGUCCUUCUUUCUUUUUGUCUCUUUCUCCUUUUAUUCUCUUUCAUCCUUUAUUCUCUCGUUCUUUCUUUCCAAUAUAUUUCUAUUUUUUCUGGCGAUAUUUACUUUUCAUUUCCCUAA